AUGACUGCUACCGAUGAGAUCCCUGAGCCUCGAGCCUACCCAUUUGUUGGCCAUGUCUUCCAAAUUAGCCCGACAUUCCAGCUGGGCUCCUUUCUGGAUAUUGCUGAUCAAUGCGGAGAGAUUUAUCGACUACGUUUUCCAGGAAUUCAGAUUGUCGUACUCUGCACGCAAGCCCUGAUCAAUGAAGCAUGUGACGAGAAGCGAUUCAAGAAGUGUAUCGCUCCGCCUUUAGAGUCCAUUCGGUUAGGUGUACAUAACGGUCUCUUUACUGCCCGAGAUGGAGAAGAACCCUGGGGUAUCGCACAUAGGGUUCUCAUACCGAACUUUGGACCCCUCAAGAUUCGUGGCAUGUACGAUGAGAUGUACGAUGUUGCAAAGCAGCUCACGUUGAAAUGGGCCCGUGCUGGACCUAGAGAAUGGGUCAAGCCCACCCAAGACUUCACUCGCCUAACACUUGAUACUAUUGCCUUGUGCUCCAUGGGGUUCCGCUUCAACAGCUUCUACUCACAGGAGAUGCAUCCAUUUAUCCAGGCUAUGGCUGACUUCCUUUACGAGUGCGGCGAAAUAGACACAAGAUUUUUACCAAACUUCUUCUAUCGCAAACGCGACAAGACUCUGUCUAGGAACAUUGAUACGCUGCGUCGAACGGCACAAGAUGUACUGGACGCUCGUAAGAGUGGCCUAGAUGAUCGGGACAAUGACCUACUUACUGCCAUGCUCAAGGGCGUUGAUCCCCAAACCGGGAAGAAGAUGACAGACGGGAGCAUUCUGGACAACCUCAUUACGUUCCUUGUUGCCGGACAUGAAACCACGUCAGGGAUGCUCUCUUACGCGUUUUAUCAAAUUCUGCACAACCCAAAAACAUUUCAAAAGGCACAGCAGGAGGUUGAUACAGUUUGUGGCAAGGGCCGGAUUACUAUUGAUCACCUUUCAAAGCUGCCCUACAUCAACGCCGUCCUCCGUGAAACCCUGAGGCUAACCUCGACCAUUCCUGCCUUCUCUGUGGAGCCGAAGGAAGAUACAAUGAUAGCCGGCAAGUAUUUCGUCAAGAAGGGCCAGCCGAUUAUGAAUCUUGUCUUCAAGGCCCACCUAGACCCGGCUGUCUAUGGUGAUACGGUCAACGAAUUCAUCCCAGAGCGUAUGUUGGAUGACAGUUUCAACCGCCUCAAUCGGGAAUUUCCCAACUGCUGGAAGCCAUUUGGCAACGGCAAGCGGUCCUGCAUUGGGCGAGCUUUUGCUUGGCAGGAAGCCUUACUUAUCACAGCAAUGCUACUCCAGAAUUUCAACUUUGAGCUCCAGCCUGGGUAUGAGAUCUCGCACAAACAGACACUAACCAUUAAGCCAGACAAGUUGGCCAUGCGGGCAAUAUUGCGUGAUGGGCUUACCCCAGUGACGCUCGAGCAGCGACUCGGAGGCUCAGGCCCGAGAACUAGCGACUCUAAAGCCGCAAAGACAGGGCCGGCCGCGGGUGGGGGUAGGGGUAGACCCCUUACGAUCUUAUACGGAUCCAAUACCGGCACAUGCAAGUCGCUCGCUCAGCAGGCGGCUACCAACGCGCCUAGACAUGGAUUCCAUGUUGUCAAGCUUGACUCCCUUGACACUGGCAAGGAGUCCCUUUCGACUGAUCACCCCACAGUUAUCGUCACGGCGUCAUUCGAGGGAGAACCGCCCGACAAUGCAGAGCAGUUUGUUUCCUGGAUCCGGAGCCUAGACGUAGAAAAGAAGCCCCUGGACAAGGUCUCCUACGCCGUCUUUGGCUGCGGGCAUAGCGACUGGGUAAAUACUCACCAGCGUAUUCCAAAGCUCAUCGACAGUAGGUUAGUUGAUUUGGGGGCUGAAAGGCUUGUCGGCUUGGGCACAUCAGACGUCUCCACAGGAGCAACCUUUGGCGAAUUUGAAGCUUGGGAAGACGAUAUGCUCUGGCCAGCGCUCAAGGCUCGGUAUGGCGACAGCGAUCAAGGCAACACCACUUCCGCCCCUGAGCCGCAGGGAGUCAGCGCUACCGUAUCUCAUCCCCGAAACUCGACCCUUCAUCAGGAUGUCCGCCUCGCUACCGUGAUCAAAACCGAGACGCUCACAGCAUAUGAGGACGGCGAACUCAGUCUUAAGAAACAUGUCGAAGUUGAACUCCCUUCCGAACUAAAUUACGAGACGGGAGACUACUUAGCCGUUUUGCCCGUGAAUCCAGAAGAGACGGUGCGGCGGGCAAUGCGGGUGUUAGGUCUCUCGUGGGACGCUCAUCUCAACAUAACGUCGGAUGUGCCAGUGGCGCUUCCAAUGGAAGGGUCAGUUUCUGCCAAGGAUGUCUUGAGCUCUUAUGUAGAGCUGUCACAACCAGCUACGAAGAGAAACAUUAUGAAGCUCAUUCAGAUCACCAAUGACGAAAAGACCAUCCAAGGUCUGACUCGCCUUGCCAACGACUACUAUGUAGAGGAGACCAGUGCCAAGCGAGUAUCUGUACUCGAUCUCCUUGAGCGUUUCCAGUCCCUCUAUAUCCCCAUCGGGACCUUCCUUUCGAUGCUGCCUCCUAUGCGGGUCCGACAGUAUUCUAUCUCAUCCUCGCCGCUCUUCAAGCCCUCCCAUGCGACGCUAACCUUCUCAACUUUGCGCGAGCCUUCGCUCUCCAACGCUUCAAACCUUCACAUAGGCGUCGCUUCCUCGUAUCUCGCUAACUUGCAGCCCUUAGAUGUUAUCCAGGUCAUCGUUCGCCCUUCUCCGCCCGCAUUCGGCCUCCCAUCUGAUCCUGAAACCACAUCGCUCCUUCUUGUAGCAGCUGGUACGGGCAUUGCCCCAUUCCGCGCCUUCAUUCAGCAUCGUGCGCUCCAAUUAUCCUCAGGCAAGAAACUCGCCCCGGCCUAUCUCUACUUUGGAUGUCGGUCUCCAGACACGGACAAUCUAUAUCGAGACGAACUCGAUGAGUGGGAGCGCCUUGGUGCCGUACAAGUCCGACGUGUCUACUCUCGUUCCACUACUACACGUGAGAGUCAAGGCUGCAAAUACGUUCAGGACCGGCUGUGGGAGGAUCGCAAGGAGGUCUGGGACCUUUGGGAGAAGGGCGGUGCUAAGAUCUUUGUCUGUGGAUCCAAGGCUGUUGGAGAGGGGGUUCGGGACACGAUGAUACGGAUGAAGAGGGAAGCAAGCCAAGAGGAUGAGAUGGGGAAAUCAGAGUUGACAAAGUGGUUCCAUGCGCAGAGGAAUGUGCGAUAUGUUGAGGAAAUCUUUGACUGA